AUGAAGAAGCAGCAGCAGCAAGCGCAGCAGCGAGGGCAAGUACAGCAGCAGCGGAAGCUGCAGCAGCAAAGACUGAAGAAGCAGAGGCUGCAGCAGCUGCUGCAGCACCACAAAAGAUGCCACGAUGGCCAGCUGCGCACUCCAGCAAGGCGAUUUUCCCACCAGCUGCUGCAGCAGCAAACUCUUGAAAUCACACUGCGUGGGCAGCAGCUGCUGAGGACCCUGCAGCAGCAGCAGCAGCAGCAGCAGCAGCAGCAGCAACAAACGCAGAAGCAGCAACAACAAGGGGAACCAACCGCAAAACAGACAGCCAGCGUAUCUGCUGCAGCAGAGUCUGCUGCCAAUGGCUCCGAAGGUGCUGCUGCAACUGCUGUUGCAUCUCUUGCUGCGGUUGCUGCUGCUGCCGCUGCUGCUGCUGCUAAUGGUGAGCCUUCUCAGGAAACAAGGGUCCUGCUGCAGCAGCAGCCACGAAAGCAGCUGCAGCAGCAGCCGCAGCUCCUGCUGCAGCUGCUUCAGGGAAACCUGAGCCUGAGGCGCUUCUACACAAGCCUUUGUUUGUGGCAGAGUGGGGUCUGUAACAAAGCAGCAGCAGGAGCAGCAGCAGCACCUGCUGCUGCUGCUGCAACAAUGCCUGCACGAUACAGUAAGGCGAGGGCUCUGCGGGGCAGUCAGCGGCCUUUUUCCAAGCACAGCCACAGCAGCAGCUGCUGCUGCAGGCGCUGCAGCAGCAGCAGCAGCUGCUGCAGGAGCUGCUGCAGCGCACUCAGCCAGCAUCAGCAAACUGGUUGGCUUGUGAGGCAGCAGCAGCUCCUGGGGAAGAGUAAUGUGCAGCAGAAAAAAGCAGAAGGAGCCACCACGGCAGCAGCAGCAGCAGCUGCUGCUGCUGCUGUUGCUGUUGCUGCAGCUCCUGAUGCUACUUGA